CCGUUUUUUUUUUAUUCAGCCAAUAGGAGGCCGGCUGGGAGUGGCUCGAGUAAAAAAACAGGAUGGAGACAGACAUGGAUUGGCUACUGAGUCUCGCAAAGAGGGUAUAAAAACAGGAGGUCGGCGUUGUUGUGUUUACAGUAAUAUCACAGUGCGCACUGGAAACAGGGAGACUAUGAGAAAGCGCAGCUGCUCCAUUCAACCACAUGGUUCCUCAACCGCACAGACAAGCUGCGCUGCAGACAGCCAGGCUCACAUAGGGGAUUCGCAACGGCGUCUUUUAAGCCUUGCAGGGAGAAUUUUCAGCCGUACAGGCAGUUGAGUGCUGAUCCGUGAGGCGCACCGGUUGAGGUUUAGAUACGGAAAGUCUUUUUAAACGGACUGAACUCGAAAGAGACACAGAAGAAACUUGGAUGAACUUUGAUAUCUUUCGAUCUGCUUUCAACUAAUAUAAUAAGUGACCAGCAUUUUUUUCUUCUCCACGCAUAAACUUUGUCACUGGCUGAGCCCCUCCAGACUCUUUGGAGGAGGAGAUGGUGCAGCACAUGAGCCACACAGAGAGCACCCACGCUCACUCUCCCGGCGGGGACUCCACGGACACGGGAGAAAUGGACCUGGAGAUGGACGCCUCUCCGACCCCGGAGGGAUCCCCUUCCUCCCGAGAGCGCAACGACCUGGCGUGGUGCAAAACCCCAACGGGGCACAUCAAGAGACCCAUGAACGCGUUCAUGGUGUGGUCUCAGAUUGAGAGGAGGAAGAUCAUGGAGCAGUCUCCCGACAUGCACAAUGCCGAAAUCUCCAAGCGGCUGGGGAAGCGCUGGAAGCUGCUAAAGGACACGGACAAGAUCCCAUUCAUCCGCGAGGCGGAGAGGCUUCGGCUCAAGCACAUGGCCGACUACCCGGACUACAAGUACCGACCCAGGAAGAAGGUCAAGUCGGGAAGCGGAGCGGGCAAGCAGGCGGACCGCGGAGAGAAGAGCGGGGAGCGCAGCGCCAAAGCCAGCGGUAGUAAGAGGAGUCCCGCGUCCAAAUCAGUGAUGAGCCGGACGCUGAAACAGGGGAGCAGCAAGAGCGCUCCAGUACAAGACUACGCGUCCACACUCUUCAAAUCCAGGUCAGCGUCCGGGGCCAGGCAGAUCCCGGAGAAGCGCUCAGGAGAUGCAAGGCGCGCCCACGUGUUCAGCGGGACAGGCAGCCUGGAGAGUGGGCCUCCCUCUGUGGGCGUCCCGGCCAGUCCCACACUGAGUAGCUCAGCGGAGUCCAGCGACCCGCUUAGCCUGUACGAGGAGCACAGCCCGGGCUCCACGGCGCGCCUCAGGUAUGCCCGCGCCUCCUCCCCGACCCCGUCAGCCUCCCACUCCUCCUCCGUCUCCUCCGCAUCGUCGGACGAGGAAUUCGAAGACGAGCGGCUCGAUCUGAACCCGAGCCCUGGCUUCGAGAGCACAUCCAUGGGCGGUAUGGGCAUCUCUGACGCGGAGCUGGACCGGGACUUAGACUGGGGCUUCGGAGAGUGCGGGGCAGGGUCUCACUUCGACUUCUCCGACUACUGCACUCCAGAGGUCAGCGAGAUGAUCUCGGGAGAGUGGCUAGAGUCCACCAUCUCCAACCUGGUGUUCACCUACUGAAUCAGCCCCCCUCCCACGUAUGAACUCUUCUAUCCUUCACCAAGACAAGCCUGUGCGUCUAGUCCAGGAGAUUUCCGCCAUUCUUUCACUUUAAAUAAACGAGUGUGAAUAAAGGAAAGAUAAAGGAAAGAAAAAGAAGUGGCCUGCGUGCGCGGUGAAGCCCAGGUAUGCGCCGCUCAGACUUGGGAAGUGCUCCGUGCGCUUGACGAGGAAAUGCUUAGUUUGCAUUAAGACACAAGAAGGAGGAGGUAUGGAAUGUCAAACGUGCCACAAUUCAAUACAUAAAUAAGUUGAAUAAAAAUCUAUGUGAUCAUUUCAAAAAAUAAAAAUACAUACAUUAAAUGAAUAAAUAAAUGCAUCUAUAAUAAUUGAAAUGCUUCAAUAAUGUAAUCAUUUCUACAUAAUUAAAUGUAUAAAAAUCAUUCAGAUCUGUUCCCUACACUAUACACUGCACAAUGUUUUGAAAGCAUAUAUCAUUUAAGUAUUUAAUUUUUAAUUAUUUUAGAAUUCCUGUGCUGUGGUACAUGAAUUUAUUUUUAUCUGUCAGCCUUACCCAGCAGAGCCAGUAGGCGGGGCUAACUAUACCUAUAGAAAAAGCGACUGGUCUGCAGUCGAGCUGUUGUGCAGGUUAAACAAUCAGAUGUUAUUCUCUAUUUGACAAGCCAUAGUCAAAGUUUAAAUUAUUUCAGUGGAGGUUUCACAAUUGUGUAACAUUUAAACCAUACUAAAUUCAGGAUUCAAUUAAUUAAAUCCAUUAAUUAUUUAUGUAUUUAAUGAAUUGUCACAUUAAUCUUUAUAGGUAUUUAUUUAAUUUAUUUAAUGUCUUUAUUACAGUUCUACUAAAAUUAUAUAAAUAAUAUUUAUUUUGAAAAUUUAUUCAUUUAUUGGAUUGUGGCACUUUUGACCCUCCGUAUUAAGGAGUGAAUGUAAGCAGAGGAGCUGCAGAUGUUUAACUCAUUCCAUGCAGGAUGAGGACUGGGACUGAACUUUUUAAGUCUUGAUAAGAUUUUUUUUUUUUUUUUUUUUUGGAACACUUGCUGGAGAGUUCUUGUGUUUGGUUGUGUUUUCUAAGAUAUAGCCAAUCCACACUGACCAUCAAGUUCAGGACAUUUUUUUUCUCCUCAAAACUCAAUAUUUGUAGUAUGAACACGCAUGCCCUCCUUGAAGAGGAGGAAUUUCUUAUUUAAUGCGUAAAUAAAGUUUGUCUUUGCUGCGUAAUUACGCAUUUUGUGUGCGCAUAGGAUACAAUUCACUAUCACCAGCUUCUCUCUCAACGGCAGGACUUAAAACAAAGACUGACUCCAAACUUCAGAAACUUUUUUUAAAAGAAAAACACUCGGUGCACAAUUCAGGACCAAUGUUCUGCGCAUUCUAUCUGCCUAGUGCUUCAACUUUGUAGUUCUCGUGUCAGAUUUUCUUUACAUAUAUGUACAGAGCAAGUCCAAGGUUGUAUUGGGGCCUGGGCAGAAUUUAAUGGGGGGCCCACUUCCAGUUAAGGUCAUUGCCCACCAGCCAGUGACAACAGCAGGUCUCUUUCAUAUUGUCCAUACUUAAAAUUUUUUUUGCAGUUUUUUUUCACCAUAGCUGGUUUAAAGGUAAUUGAUAAGCCAACGAGGAAUUCCUUAAAGGCAUAGUUCUGUUUUCUAUAUACUGACUCCUACUUGUAGUAGAUAACUUACUAAGCAAUUUUAUUUUGAACAGAUCACAUUUUCCUGUGUGCUGAAGUUUAGGAGAGCUGGGCAAAGGGUAAAACAGAUCUUAAAUGUCCCAAAAAAAUCAUAGCGGUUCAUGAGAACAGUAUUUUUCAAACAAUAAAUGGAUGUCAUGUUUGUCUUUACAACAAGCACAUUUUUUUAACCAGUUCUGUAAAAUUUCAUGCAAAAAUAUUAUUUUGGACCUCCAGGCCAGCAGGGGGCCCUAAGAAACCCAUAUACCGCUCAGACCUUGGGCCAGCUCUGUAUAUAUAUUACUAUAUAUAUUGAUGUAUUUAUACUGGCCAUACUUUUUUAUAGAUAGAAGUAUUGUUCUCGUACAGGUCUCGUUUGUGUUUGUGCACACACACACCUGUCUGUAUAUCCAGCGGCGGAAGGGCUAAGAAGUGUAUCUUAUUUAAAAAAAAAAGUGUCCAAGCUCUCUCACUUUCAAAGAGAUUUUGAGUGUGUCAUGAUUUUCUACUUGUAUUUUUGUACAAAAUCUAUAAAAGGGGCAGCCCUGCAUUGUUGUUCGCAUCUACAUUGGUGGUUUAGAAGUGCGGAGGGGGCACAAUCUGACCUCACACAGUGUUUACAGUAUUUACCCACAUGCUUCUUAAAUGGCACAGUGACUCCAGCUUCACCAGCCGAGUAAACAAAGCGCCGCUGAGGCUCCUCCAGACUGUGUUUCCAGUCCACACGCACUCAAAACACACUCAAACCUGAAGUCUCAAAGUGAAAGAUCCCGGAUGAGUCACUGUUUUGAUAGAGCUAAUACCUCUGUGUGCUUUGUUUUUUUUUAUAUACGGAGAUAAGUUUUAUUUGAACCACUGGACUCAUUCCACUUUUGCCUAGUCUCUGGAGGGAGGAGAAAAUGUUUUUGAAGUGCUUCAUCUGUUAUUGCGCAAAUUGCAUCAAAAAAUAGUAUUUAACCUUUUUCUGUACCUGUUGGCUAAGUAUAGCAGGCUAUUUGUUUUUUUUUUUCUUGUUUUUUUUUUUUAUAUUAUGGCAUGGCGAAUAGCAUUUGUAUUUCAGAUUCAGGUAUAUGUAGCUAUAGCUGUUGUGUUUAAGAUUUUUAAAAGAAUAAUAACAUGAAGAUAUUUAUGUAAACUGACUGUACUAUAAGCAAAGAUUGUGUGUUUUUAUGUAUGAUGAUGAUGAUCAACGACAGGCACUAGGAUGGCCAUCUUUGGUGGAAGAUGAUCGUGGUCCAGGAGUUUCCUUUAAAAAAAAAAAAAACGGAAAAAAAAAAUCUAUUGUCCUUUUUCUUUUUAUUUCCCAUUUGUGCAAUAUGUUGUGUUUGAUCAUGUUUUGUCCACUUCAGCCAAGAUUAUUUGAUGUCUUUUGCUCAAAAACCAGCCAACAUUUGGGUCAAUCACUGCCUCUCAGACCUCUGUACAGAUUGUCUUUUUUAAUUUGUUUUUUUUUUUUCUUCCGAGAAGGAAAUAAAAUCAGCUGGAACUGAAAAAGCGCAA